AUGCCGGAUGCCAUCGCAGAUCUUGUCCAGAGAGGCAUUGAUCGCUCGCCGCUUGAAGAGCACUACUCCGCAUCGCCCAAUGCCAACAACGUGUGCAUCAUCUACUACGCGAUCUGCAACCUGCGGAGCGUGUCGGCGGGAGGAGCAGCAGGUGAUCUCUUCUUCCACGAGGCGCGGCUGCGGCCAGGGAGCACCAUGAUGGCCUCCUUCCCGGCGGAGGUCGAGUCCGCCAUCCUCCCCAACGACGUCGCCGAGAAGGUCCCCUUUGGGAACCUCCUGGACGUCCUCGCCACCUUCAGCAUCCCGGCGGGCUCCACCGAGGCGGCCCAGGUGAGGGAUACCCUGCGCAGGUGCCAGGCGCCGCCCCUCCCCGGCGAGCGCAAGGCUUGCGCCGCGUCCCUAGAGGGCACCGUGCGGAGCGCCAUGGACAUGCUCGGCGGUGGCGCCGGCGCGUGGCCUGCCACAAGAUGCCGUUCCCGUACGCCGUCUACCAUUGCCACAUGA